AUGUCCACCACCUCAACAGCAACGCGUCCUACGCCCACACUACCGCCGCCAUCCUUCUCCAAACUCGGCCCAAGCAUAUCAAUUUACACUCCACCAGCAUACAGCCCUGGCGAGCUUAUCGUUUUGUGCACAUGGCUUGGCGCUGCACGGAAGCAUAUCGACAAGUACAUCGCGUCCUACCGUACUAUUGCUCCCAACGCCAAGAUCCUGCUUAUCCAAAGCGAUGUGGCAACGGUAACAAGCUCUUAUCCUACGCAACGCAAAGCUAUAAUGCCAGCUGUUGAAGUAGUGCGCGCGGUACUUGGUGAAUGCACUUAUCCGGCAUGUAUCGCCGCGUCCGUGUUGGAACACCAAUCAAAGAAGUAUCAAGGGCCCAGAAUUCUCCUUCACACCUUCUCAAACGGCGGUCCAAUCUCUGCCACUGCACUACUACUCGCCUUGCAUACUCAAACCUCCGCAUCCCUGCCUUUGGUUGGUAUCAUCAUGGAUUCAGGACCCGCAGCAGGCUACUACUGGAAAUCCUACAACGCCAUGGUUUUGUCACUACCACCAGGUAUCCUGCGGUCGGCAGGCUAUGUAUUCGUACAUGGGAUCCUCCUUGGUCUGUUUGCGAGCGUGGCAUUGGGACGCUAUGAGUAUCCAGAGGUCUUGGUUCGCCGGACACUGUUAGAUGAGGACUUCGUGUGUGGAGCGGAAAACGGCACAAAGAGGAGAAUAUGCUACCUGUAUAGCAAAGCUGACCGCAUGACGGAUUGGAAAGAUGUUGUUGAGCAUGCGGAUACGGCGAGAGAAAAGGGCUGGGAUGUUAGUGAAGUUGUGUUUGAGGGAACGGCACAUUGUAAUCACUUUGUGAAGAAUGAAGGAGUGUAUGUGGGGGAGAUGAGGAAGAUGUGGAGGUUCUAA